GGUGCAGAAUCUUUCCACCCCUAACACUCCAAAAACCCAAUCAGACAAGUGGCCGUAAUCUGACUCCCAGCACACAGGGAGCUGCGGGGCAGGCAAUGAGAGCUGCACUCUGGCUGGGGAAGGCAUGAGUGACAGACCCACAGCAAGGCGGUGGGGUAAGUGUGGACCGUUGUGUACCAGAGAGAACAUCAUGGUGGCUUUCAGAGGGGUCUGGACUCAAGCUUUCUGGAAAGCAGUCACAGCGGAAUUUCUGGCCAUGCUUAUUUUUGUUCUCCUCAGCCUGGGAUCCACCAUCAACUGGGGUGGAACAGAAAAGCCUUUACCGGUCGACAUGGUUCUCAUCUCCCUUUGCUUUGGACUCAGCAUUGCAACCAUGGUGCAGUGCUUUGGCCACAUCAGCGGUGGCCACAUCAACCCUGCAGUGACUGUGGCCAUGGUGUGCACCAGGAAGAUAAGCAUCGCCAAGUCUGUCUUCUACAUUGCAGCCCAGUGCCUGGGGGCCAUCAUUGGAGCAGGAAUCCUCUAUCUGGUCACACCUCCCAGUGUGGUGGGAGGCCUGGGAGUCACCAUGGUUCAUGGAAAUCUUACCGCUGGUCAUGGUCUCCUGGUUGAGUUGAUAAUCACAUUUCAGUUGGUGUUUACUAUCUUUGCCAGCUGUGAUUCCAAAAGGACUGAUGUCACUGGCUCAAUAGCUUUAGCAAUUGGAUUUUCUGUUGCAAUUGGACAUUUAUUUGCAAUCAAUUAUACUGGUGCCAGCAUGAAUCCCGCCCGAUCCUUUGGACCUGCAGUUAUCAUGGGAAAUUGGGAAAACCACUGGAUAUAUUGGGUUGGGCCCAUCAUAGGAGCUGUCCUCGCUGGUGGCCUUUAUGAGUAUGUCUUCUGUCCAGAUGUUGAACUCAAACGUCGUUUUAAAGAAGCCUUCAGCAAAGCUGCCCAGCAAACAAAAGGAAGCUACAUGGAGGUGGAGGACAACAGGAGUCAGGUAGAGACAGAUGACCUGAUUCUAAAACCUGGAGUGGUGCACGUGAUUGACAUUGACCGGGGAGAGGAGAAGAAAGGAAAAGACCAGUCCGGAGAGGUAUUGUCUUCAGUAUGACUAGAAGAUCGCACUGAAAGCAGACAAGACUCCUUAGAACUGUCCUCAGAUUUCCUUCCACCCAUUAAGGAAACAGAUUUAUUAUAAAUUAGACAUGUGCAGGUUUGUUGUUUCAUGUCAUAUUAGUCAGUCUAAACAAUAAAUAUUUCAUAAAUUAGCAAGGAGGAAAGGAAGAAACCUACUGUGAAUUUCAAAUCUAAAAAAAGAAAUAUUUUUAAAAUAUGCUUAAGCAAAUAUAUACCUAUUUUAUCUAGUUACCUUUCAUUAACAACCAAUUUUAAAUGUGUGUCAAGAUUUGGUUAAGUCUUGCCUGACAGAACUCAAAGACACGUCUAUCAGCUUAUUCCCUCUCUACUGGGAUAUUGGUAUGGUCAAUUCUUAUUUGAAUAUUUAUUCUGUUAAACUAAGUUUAACAAUGGCAAAAUACAGUAUGUCACAGUCAUGCACAUAAAAGAGAGAAAGUAUAACAAGCUCUUUCAUGAGCAAUCCCUUAUUUAUAGAGUACCUCAGCAAAAGAGUAUUAGCCCGUGUCACUGCUAAUCAGUUACUUUCCUUCCAUUUGUAUCACAAAUAUCCAAGUUUCAAUUCUAACUUCAAUUCAUAGUAUUUCUUCUUCCUCCUCACUGCCUAAAGUAAUGUGGGACUAAAGCCCAGAAAUUUGAAAAGAAUAUUCAGAAACCCUUCCCAAAUCAUAAGAGCACCUAUUGAGAUGCAAGACAAGCAGACUCAUAAAAUCUUGUAGAGGCAGAGGAAAAGUUACCAUCAUACGAAAAUCACAAACAAAAAGGAAAUCUGUACUCUGGUAUCAAAUGGUUGAUCUGUUUUCAGUGCACACCCUCAAAUGCACCACACCAGUUUAAUGAUCUAAGCUUUUAACCCCUUUACCACUUUGCUUAUUUUUUAAAAAUUUAUUGGCAAAACUGGGGAUUUUGUUUGUAACUUUGGUUAUCUAUAUUUAAACAUUAGCUGAGACAUAUUUUUGAUAACAAGAACUUAGCUAGUUGAGUCCUGGCUUUUUGUUGAUUAUUAAGCUGUGUUCACUCUAGAAGGUGUAAAGGCCCUGUCCCAAUCUCUGCCCUCUCACUUCUCAUGACAUUUGUUGAUAAUCUUUACUGCAUGUGUAAUCAUAUUUGAGUGAAUUAAAAUGUAUGACAGACAAGGUACAACAUGGUUGUAGAAUAAAAUGGUAAGGACAUCAGAUCACUCUGUAUUCAAAGCUUACCAGAAGACCAAUCUUUCAUUUCUGGAUAUAUUGUACAUAACCCAACACAUUUUUAAAGUAUUUUUGUUACUGACUCAUUUACUUGUCAAAAUAAUUUGGCUUUUUGUCCUGCUUUGCCUUUUGUCAGUAGAAUGUUCUCCAGAAACCCCAGUUUCUGUCAUCUUAACUAGUCUAGUCUAGCUGUUAUCUUAGACAAAGAACUGCAAAUGUCAAUUUCACUGAACAAAAGCUAUUAGAAGUAAAGCAGAAACCUAUCACUGCAAGGAGUGACUUGUGAAUAACUGAUGAUCAAGGACUGUCUUCUCUUAAGCAUGGUUCCAACUGUGUGUCACUUUUUAGCAUUAAUGGCAGUUGUGUGUCUGUGGCAGUGAGAUAAUGGACCACUAUUAAACCUGAUUCUCUUCGGUGCUAGGAAAGAGUGAUGUGUGAGAUUCCCAGAGAGUCAUCACACCAGUGUUAUGCCUGGGAGUGCCAUUGGCAUACCGCAGGUGCCUAAAUCCCAGUCCCCUUUCUCAGGGGGCGUGGCCACACCACACACUGUGCCAGUGACAUACGGUUACUUCCUAGCAGAGAUGGCACCUAUGGAAACUAGGAUGCAAAUCUCCCAAAGAUGGUUUGCACCGUCAUUUCAAAUGUUUGCACAAUAUACCACUUAGAGGCUUAAAAUCAGGAUGGUUCAGUUCAAAAGGUAAUAUCAACCAUCAGCAAACAUGUCAAUUUAAAAAUAAGUUCGGUUAACAAGGAAGUGUUAAACAGAUUUUUUGAAUACACUUACAAUAUACUGGCUUAUAAUCAUUUUUAUUCUGCCAUAUGGUUUAUUUCAUAUACACUCACUUUUACACUCACUUCCAAUUAUAGUAUUCAAUAAGUUAGGGUUUAAAAAAAGUGAAUGAUGUUUUUGUAAUUUGUUUCUAGUAGCUAGCAGAGAGCCUGGCACAUAGUAGGUAUUUGAAACAAGUGUGUUAAUUAAUAAAAAUAUAUAAAUCUCAUUUGAGAUUUAAGAAUAUAAAUAAUUUUCUUUUAAUCUUUAUUUUGCUCAAUAUUUAAUAGGAAGCAUGAUUUCAAGGACUACUAAAGGAAGGCAAUAUAAAUGUGAAAACCAUAAAAUAUAUUUUUUGCAUUCUACUAUUUUUAGGGGCAUGAAAUGAAUGAAAGCUUUAGCACUUUUUUCCCCCUACAUAUGAGACAACAUAUUUUUUAUUUCACUCAAGGCUCUGCCAGUAAAAAGUAAUGAAAUUGUACCUUUCUAAUGACAUCUAUGCAGCAGGGGUCUAUCGCCUUGUGGAUGGCACCAAAUUAUCCAAGUGUAUUAGAAGACUGGGGCUUUUUUCUUUAAUCCCUUCUUAUUAAUGAAGUGCAUAGUGCUGCUCCCAGGAGACCACUGCUGACAGAUACACAGAGAAGAGAUCAGAGAGGAAAAACUGGGAAGACAUAAAUGAAUUAUACUCAGCCAUGAAACAAUGCCAACUGUCUCUUCCCUAAGAAGGAGUACAAUUACCCUAAAAUUGUAAGGUGGUCCCUACACUGAAAACGCACAUAGUUUGUCAAAAGUGUACAAAAGAGAAAGAGUCCGAUUUUAAGCUUUCAGGGGACCAGAAUUCGAAUGUAUGUUCCCAUUGUUGAAGAUAACAUUUUCUUCAAAGAGCCUUAACCUUUUAUACUGGAAGGAAAUAUUUUCUGGACCUAAAUAGUUGCCUAAAUUUAAGAUUCCUACACGUUAUUUCUGCCAUUGAUGCUUUUCCUAAACUCUUAUACUAUCUUUCUAUCAUCUGAGCCUUUUCUUAAUGCAGCUCCUAGGUGCUAGCUAGAGCUGCUGCUCAGUAUUGAAGAUUUUACAAGAAGAUUAGAAAUCUUUGGAAAAUAUCUGUGAUGAAAUUGAGCUAUAUGAUUUAUUAGAGAUCUGACUCCAAGGAGCACAGAAUACUGUUCUCAGACCAUGGAAUCAGACAACACGUGUAUUGGUUUAAACUCGAUAAUAACAGGAAAAUCCCAAAAUAGAGCAGUAAAUUCAAAUGGUAGGAUGAAUCCUGGAAAACCUCCGAUUGCAGCAUGUUGACACCAACCUCACAUGUUAUGAACAUUUCACAGAGAAAUUGCCUUUGUGACAACUGAAGAUGGCACAGACAUCUUCUGUGUCUGAGGGGCACAGACAAUCUUAUCAAACAAUGUAAAAGCCAAUAUAAAUUCUCAUUGUAAGUACUAUGGAAUAUGCAAAUUCAGAACAUUUUAUACCUAAAGGUAAUUCUGUCUUUCCUAAUGUGUUUAUAACACGAAAAUUAUUGGAAGAUAUGGUUACUAUUUGGAAAGCAUAAUGUAACAAAACUCUCCUUCAUUACCACAAAUUUUGUGAGUUUAGUACUUUACAGAUUGUCCCAUAAGGUCAGUAGCUUUUGAAACCCAUAAUUCUCCAAAAUAAAUGAAAGACAUUUAAUUUGAGGAUCAAAAAUUGUGGUCACUUUUGCAAAUGACUACCUAUAGCCUGUGAAAAUACAUUUCAAAAAAUGUUAUGUGCAAUGAACACUAAAUGUAAGAGCAGUUACAGUGUGACUCACUCAUGUUAAAAAAAUCAAAGAGCUAAAAAAUACAUCUAAUUUAUGUAACCCAUUGGAAUGUAUUUCUAGGUUUUCUUCAGGAUUAAUUAAAUAAACAUGCAAUUUAUGAAAACAUAUAAACAAUUAUUUAUCACUUUUAUGACCCAAAUCACAAUAAAAUUGUCAUUUAGGAUAAACUGGGGAGAAUAGACUGAACAUAUGGUUAUAUUCACAGUUAUUUAUUAACUUAAAUGUUAUUCCAACAUUAGAGCUAAUGUUAAAAAGAUUUAAACUGUAAUGUCUAAUAUUUGGAAUAAUAUAUUAAAGUAUUAGCAUUGUGGUUGAUUUUCACAAAUUACGUUGCAUCUUGUACUACUAAGCUCGUGAAAAUAAACAUUCGGAUGUUUUAAAAGGUAAACAU